AUGAACACAUUGUAUAUGAUCUGUGGAUUGUACAUCUUUAUAAACAUUGCCUCCACAGAUGAGCGCAAUUUUAGAGUGCAUUUUGACGAGUUCGCGAUGAAGUACAUGGUGCCGGACGUGUUCGAGAAGAUGGAUUGUCAGUUAUAUUACAUAAAUAAUCGGAGCUACGUGAACGCCGAAAUGAUUCUUAAACGGAACAUCGGAGAAAUAAAUGUGCGAGCCAGUAUGGAUUUCUGGAAAACGAACAACCGUCAAAAGAAAGUAAAGUUAUACGACGUUCAGGUGGAUGGUUGCUCCUUCCUGCGGAGUGUCCAUAAAAAUAAAUUGUUUAACAUUUACGUGAAGAGCUUUAAAAAACACGCCAAUGUUAACCUAGUCUGUCCUCUGAAAGCGAACUUUAGCUACAAGUUGCAGGAUUGGUACUUAGACGAACUGGAUCUUCCACCAUUUUCGCCUAUCGGUCAAUUUCGAACCGUUACCAAAUAUUAUACGCAAAAUAGAUUGGCCUUAAAUCUUGUGACUAGUGGCGAAAUUGUGUCCACGAAGUAG